AUGCUGUUUCUACUGGUGCCGCUUUCAACAGUGUUGGGACGCAUAGGCGCGUAUGUGCGAAGUAAACAUAUGCCCAUCACAGACGACCGUGCUCAGGCAACUACAGAGCUACUGCAUGGUAUCCGUGUGGUCAAGCUCUUCGGAUGGGAGAUGUC